AUGAGUUCGAACGAGCGAUCUUCGGCUGCGGCCAAGGAAGCGACCGAUGCGUUCUCGAAGAAUGAGAAGGAGCCUCUGAAGCAGAAACAAGAGAAGCCGAAGCCAGGCAUCACCUUUGCGGCGCAGGACAAACUGCCUAAGUUGCCCAUCCCCGAUCUCGAGUCCUCCACGAAGAAGUACUUGGAGUCCCUCGCUCCGCUGCAGACGUCGAGAGAACAAGAUGACACGAAAGCUGCUGUCAAAGACUUCCUUGCACACGAGGGAAAGGAUCUGCAGGAUAAGUUGAAGCGGUAUGCUAGCGAUAAGACGAGCUACAUCGAGCAGUUUUGGUACGAUUCAUACCUCAACUACGACAACCCAGUCGUCCUCAAUCUGAAUCCAUUCUUCUUGCUCGAGGACGAUCCAACGCCAGCAAGGAACAAUCAAGUCACGCGAGCCGCCUCCCUGGUCAUCUCAUCACUAUGCUUCGUCCGAGCUGUGAGAAAAGAAGAGCUGCCACCCGACACUCUGCGAGGCACGCCGCUCGAUAUGUUCCAGUACUCAAGAAUGUUUGGCACAGCACGCGUUCCUACAAAUGAGGGAUGUAUCAUCGGCCAGGACUCAGACUCGAAGCAUGUAGUUGUCAUGUGUCGUGGCCAAUUCUACUGGUUUGACGUACUGGACAUGAACAACGACCUUAUCAUGACAGAGAAGGAUGUCGCACAGAACCUGCAAGCGAUCGUCGACGACGCAGAACAGACGUCCAUACAAGAAGCGGCGAAAGGGGCUAUCGGCGUCCUCAGUACAGAGAAUAGAAAGAUCUGGUCAGGGCUACGCGAUGUUUUGACUCGUGAGGAGGGCUCCAACAAUGCCGAAUGUCUCAGCAUAGUCGACUCAGCCCUCUUUAUGGUAUGCUUAGACUAUACCGAGCCAACUGACGUAGCAAAGCUGUGUGGAAACAUGCUCUGCGGGACUAAUGAGGUUGUGAAGGGCGUCCAAGUCGGGACUUGCACGAACAGAUGGUAUGAUAAGCUCCAAAUCAUUGUAUGCAAGAACGGUAGUGCGGGCAUCAACUUCGAACACACUGGCGUGGACGGUCACACGGUCCUUCGAUUUGCUAGCGACGUUUAUACAGACACCAUCCUCCGUUUUGCGAGAUCUAUCAACGGUCAGGCUCCCACGUUAUGGGCCACCAAUAGUCCUGAUCCGGCCAAGAGAGACCCAGACAGCUUCGGCCAGGUCAGCACAACUCCGCACAAAUUGGAAUGGGACAUGAUACCGGAGCUGCAAAUAGCUCUACGUUUUGCAGAGACACGGCUAGCUGAUCUCAUCAACCAGAACGAGUUCCAGGUACUCGAGUACAAGACAUACGGCAGUAACUUUGUGAAGUCAAUGGGAUUCUCUCCAGAUGCGUUCGUCCAGAUGGCCUACCAGGCUGCUUACUACGGCCUGUGGGGAAGAAUUGAGAACACAUACGAGCCAGCAAUGACCAAGAUCUACCUCCACGGCAGGACAGAAGCCAUCCGAUCAGUGACAAAGGAAAGCAGUGACUUCGUCAAGACGUUCUGGGCCGAUAAUCCAGCACAGCAGAAGAUCGAUGCUCUUCGUGCUGCUUGUCAGAAGCACGUUGCUGUCACGCGCGACUGUAGCAAGGCGCAGGGCUUCGAUCGGCACAUGUACGCCCUGUACUGCGUAUGGCAGCGCAAGGUAAAUGAGGACGGAGGCGAGGCUGCCAGUAGUACAGGAUUCAGCUCGAACGGCUAUUCCAGUCCUGCCGACACAAGUGACCUGGGCAGUCCUCACAGAUUUGAGGAAGUCGAGCACGCACAUCGCGACAGACCCAGGGAUGCCACUGAUGGUAGCAACAGUCGUUCGCCCGCACCAGCACUGCAUCAAUUGCCUGCGCUGUUCAGUGAUCCUGGAUGGGAAAAGAUGAACAACACAAUACUGAGCACAUCCAACUGUGGUAACCCCGCCUUACGCCAUUUCGGGUUCGGUCCCGUUUCUGGAGACGGCUUUGGUAUUGGAUACAUUAUCAAAGAGGACUCGAUAUCCAUUUGUGCAAGUAGCAAGCACAGGCAGACACAGCGCUACAUCGACAGCAUAGAGACCUACUUCAACGAGAUUCGUCGGCUACUCAAAGCCAGCAAGGCAAAGGAUGCAUCGCACAGUCGAACGCCAGCACGAGAAGCAGAAGAUAAAGUGGGCAAAGAUGGUCGUCUUAAAUCACGAGGUAGGAUCAUCAAGUCGGAUUCGACGGCGGAUGCACGUGGCGUGCAGACACCGGCCAGUGAAGAUACGAAUGAGGUUGAAGAUGAUGGUUUGGGUGGAUACGGGUUCUUUGAUGCUGGCAUGCUGUUGCAAGCACUGAAGAAGAAAGACCAGCCGCCGCCGCCAGCUGAGCAAAUCGAGAAGAGGCGGAAGGCAGUGGGCAAGAAAUUGGCGCUGACCGAAUACUGA